AUGGCGGGAAAAGAAACGAAACCCAACAUCCAGGGGAAACCUUCCCUCAUCGCAGCUGCUCAAUCUCAGGUCGCUGCUCAAGUCUCUCAACCCCCCACUUCUCCUCACAACCGUUCCAUCAGCCAUGUGGGCCCUAUUGGGGCUUCACAGGCUCUGCGGCCUCCCUCACUUCUCUCCUCAGCUGUUUCCCUCAGUCGACCAGGGGGAUCUGGAGUGUCCACAGCCCCCUUCAACGGGGAUGCUUCGGUUCCUAAGAUGAAAUUCAAACCUCGCGUUCCCGCCAGGGUGAAAUCGUACAUCGCCCCGGAACCGUCGACCACACGAGGUGGUUUCAGAGGUAGAGGUCGGGGUAUGUCGAGGCCGUAUGGACGAUCACGUCCUCCUGAAACGGCAAACAUGUCCGUGGCUGCUGGUCCAAUGGGAGGAGGGAGACCUGUUGCUUCGUCUGGAGGAGGUGCAAUCAAACCACGGGGAGGCUCAUCGUUCAGGAUGGAUUUCCAUAGUACAGAAGUAUACUCCGACGAUGAAGAAAGGACAAGAAGUGGGAUUCAAGUCAUCGAUAUCGAUGCUGUUUCUGGUUCUCAUGACUCUGCUCCCACAUCUCUUUUUCGUGAUCGAUUGGUGGACGGUGGUAAACUGGGUGACCAGAAAUCAUCGAAACGGGGGAAAGGGAAGAAGAAACAGGAUGAUACAGGUUCAAAAGUGGAGAGUGUGAAAGAUGAACCUAUGUCACCUUUGACAAGGCGAAGGGAGUUAGAGGGAAGGGAAGACGAUACAAUGUUGUCAGAAGAUGAACAACAAGAUCGUGAUGCUCAAGGGAGACGGUUGAGGAGAAGUCCUCAGAGUGGGGAAUUGGAGGUUAAUGAAGCUCAGGCAGUUGAUUUAAGUGAGAGUGAUUCGGAAGAAGAGGAGUUGGAUAUGGAGGGCGAUUUUGUAGAGACGCCAGGUCAUGAUACACCCGACGAUAGACUUUUCAUGUUCCAAUUCCCUCAAAAAUUUCCAAGCUACGUCGGAUUGGGUCCUAUCGAUGUCAGUCAAGAUGACGUAAAACCCGAUGUCAAGCCUACCGCAGCAGCUCUGCGAGCCCAGAACAAGCUAUUCCCUCCUCCAGAGGGGAGAGUGGGGACGAUGGUAGUAUACAAAAGCGGAAAGGUCAAAUUGGUAAUGGGUGAUGAUAUCGUCAUGGAUGUCACUCCGGGUGCAAACGACGCUUUCAUCUCCCAUUUGGUGCAUAUGGAUAAACCACACCGUACUGCAGCCGUCCUUGGGGAAGUAUACAGACAAUACUACGUUACCCCCGACGUCGACGGUCUGCUGGAUCAACUCCAUUUGAACGGUGGCGAGACGCCCGGCGAUAGAUUAGUCGAGGCUAGACGUCUCCAAAGAAGUGUAAAGCAAGAACGGGGGUUGGUCAAGAUGGAACGGGACUAG